CACUCAAAGUUGAGUUUUUCCGCAGAGCGGAAGUCUACCUCGUUCGCCCCGGAAGUGUAUCCUCCACGGUCUCGAAACAGGUGUGGGUUUCGCCGGCCCGGCGGGGUAGCUGCGGUGGAGAUGCCGGGAACCGCGGAGAAGGACUCGGAGCUGUCCGAGAGGAUCGAGGGCUUCGUGGAAAGCCUGAAGCGAGGCGGCGGGCAGCGCAGCUCGGAGGACAUGGCCCGGGAGACCCUAGGAUUGUUGCGCCGCAUCAUCACGGAGCACCGCUGGAGCAAUGCGGGGGAGCUGAUGGAGCUGAUCCGCGGGGAGGGCAGGAGGAUGGUGGCCGCGCAGCCUUCCGAGACCACGGUGGGGAACAUGGUACGCCGGGUGCUCAAGAUCAUCCGCGAGGAGUACGGCAGACUGCAUGGCCGCAGCGACGAGAGCGACCAGCAGGAGUCCCUGCACAAACUGCUGACCUCCGGAGGCCUGAGCGAGGAUUUCAGCUUCCAUUAUGCACAGCUGCAGUCCAACAUCAUUGAAGCCAUUAAUGAGCUGCUAGUGGAGCUGGAAGGGACAACAGAGAACAUUGCAGCCCAGGCCCUGGAGCACAUCCACUCCAAUGAGGUGAUCAUGACCAUAGGCUUCUCCCGAACCGUGGAGGCCUUCCUGAAGGAGGCUGCCCAGAAGCGAAAAUUCCAUGUUAUUGUGGCUGAGUGCGCUCCUUUCUGCCAGGGUCAUGAGAUGGCUGUCAAUUUGUCCAAAGCAGGCAUCGAGACAACUGUCAUGACGGAUGCGGCCAUUUUUGCUGUCAUGUCAAGAGUCAACAAGGUGAUCAUUGGCACGAAGACCAUCUUGGCCAACGGGGCCCUGCGAGCUGUGACAGGAACCCACACUCUGGCGCUGGCAGCCAAGCACCAUUCCACCCCGCUCAUCGUCUGUGCCCCCAUGUUCAAGCUGUCCCCGCAGUUCCCCAAUGAAGAAGAUUCAUUUCACAAAUUUGUGGCUCCUGAAGAGGUCUUGCCAUUCACAGAAGGAGUCACUUCAGUGAACUGGCUGCCAAGGGAGGCGGCCUCUGAAUGUUCCCACUCAGCAUGGUUGCCUGUGGCCUGUAUCCUUUUCUCUGGCUCCUUGUGUGGGCAGCCUGGUGCACCUGCUGCCGCCUCUGAGAGCACAGGGCCUGGGGUCCUUGUUCUCCCUAGAAGUUGAAUCACCCUUCUCUUGAUUUAAACAUUCAUUCUUUAGGCACUCUUACUGAGUGCCCACUCUAUCCAGCACUACUGUAAGCACUGGGCAUUUGACCAUAACCAAAAUGGGUAAGGCCCUGCUCCCACAGAGCUUCCAUUGUCUUGUGGAAGACAGAUGAGAAAACGUUGAGCUCAUGGGGUGUUUGAAGAAGAAAACAAGUAUGGGUGAUGUGACAGAGCGUGACAGGGCAGUGCCUUAGCUUUGGGAAGGUUGUGGAGAACAUUCAGUAAGUCUGUGAGUGAGUAGAACCCAGCAGGUGCAGAGCCAGCAGGUAGUGCUGUGAAGCCCAGGAUGGGUGUGUGCUCAGCCAGCUGGAAGAUGGUGGUCACUGGCCAGAGGAGAGAGUGGGAGAGAUUAGACUUCUCCUGGUAUGGGAGGAGGGCCCUGGAAUCGGGGCUGACUUCGGA